AUGUAUCUUCAAUUCUGCGAUCAGUGCAAGCAAUAUACACUCAAGCAAAAGUGCCCACGUUGCGGCGGCCAGACACGCUCUGCUCAUCCCGCUCGUUUCUCACCAGAAGACAAAAACUCUGCAGAACGCAUCCAGACCAAGGCUAAAUUCAACCUUCUCCCAUACCAGCAGCCAGAUAUUGAAUACUAA